CACUACUCGACAGGUGUGUACAUCGUAGUUUACAAGGUGGCGAGCCAAGAAUUUCACCAGAAUUUGUGGUUGUAAUUUUUGGAUUACCAUGCGUGCAGAUGAGUUAAUUAAUUGAGAUGUACAUGAGUUACCUGCUGGAUAAAGAAACCGGAAUGUACUCAAAUUCCAUGAGACGCCAGACUCAGAACUUCACCAGUUAUCAUCACGUCACGGGCAUCAGUGACCCGCAUGCCCAGACGACAGGUCCGUGGAACCCCGUUUACGAAGCCCCGCUGGAGCAGUGGUCACAUUAUGGCCCCAGCGCGGGUUUCCCCAGUUCCAACCCUGUUAUGGAACAGAUACGUGACAGGUCCACUGAACUGACUUCCAUCUCGCCUGCUGGUCCCGGAAUUCUCCCGCCACUCGAUUCACAUACCAGGCAGUACUCUCCAGACUCACAGAGAAGAAACUCGUACACUGGGAUCAGACGAAAUGUACAUUCAUCCAGCACUGGAGGGAAGACACGCACCAAGGACAAGUACAGGGUGGUGUACACAGACCAGCAGCGCCUGGAGCUAGAGAAGGAGUUCCAGUCCAGUAGAUACAUCACCAUCAGGAGGAAGACAGAACUUUCCCUGGGCCUCAGCCUCUCAGAGAGACAGGUGAAGAUCUGGUUCCAGAACAGGAGAGCCAAGGAGAGGAAGAUAACCAAGAAGAAGAUCAAGCUGUCCCAGCAGGCUUCUACGACCACUCCCACCCUGACCUCUCCCAGCCUGGCUGACCCCAGCAACGGUUCCAUGGCAACCAGCUCCAGCAGCUUGUUGUCAGAGACGAUAUCAAGGACUAUCAAAGAGGAGUACUGAGGAGUUCCUUUACCGUAGACAAACUGUACAACACUGGAAUAAACAUAUCAAACUGGUGUUCCCAUGACAAACACUACAUAAGAUGUAAUGGACCUCAAUUAUGUGAUGAAAAUACUAUUACAUGCAUCUGUCACUACACACCUCUAAUAUAAUACUACUUUUUGUGUUUUGAUAUAGGCCUAAGUUGUCUUGGCU